AUGUGGAUCAUCAACUGGUUCUAUGACGUCUUGGCGUCUCUGGGCCUGCUGAACAAGCACGCGAAGCUCCUGUUCCUGGGUCUUGAUAAUGCGGGUAAAACGACGCUGCUGCAUAUGUUGAAGAACGACCGGGUUGCGAUUCUUCAGCCGACGGCUCAUCCGACUUCGGAAGAGCUCGCCAUCGGUAACAACCGCUUCACGACUUUCGACCUGGGCGGUCAUCAGCAGGCACGCCGUCUCUGGAAAGACUACUUCCCCGAAGUAAGCGGCAUCGUGUUCCUCGUCGACGCCAAAGACCACGAGCGAUUCCCCGAGUCCAAGGCCGAGCUGGACGCCCUGUUGGCGAUGGAGGAGCUGUCCAAGGUGCCGUUCCUGGUGCUGGGCAACAAGAUUGACCACCCGGAUGCGGUCAGCGAGGACGAGCUGCGACACCAGCUGGGUCUGUACCAGACGACGGGCAAGGGCAAGGUGCCGCUUGAGGGGAUCCGGCCGAUUGAGGUGUUUAUGUGCAGUGUUGUUAUGAGGCAGGGCUACGGCGAAGGCAUCAGGUGGUUGUCGCAAUACGUCUAGACAGCCCAGUCUAGAACCCACCUGUCUAUCAGCUAGACAGAUGAGUAGCGGUACCUAGCCAGCUAGCUAGUAUCAAUUACAGCUCCAGCAAGCAAUUGGGUAGACAGUACAGAAGGACAGUGGAAAGAAGGAUGCUGAGCAGGGGAUAUGAAAACGGGGACGAUGUUAAUGUUGAUAUCAGGACACAAACAAGCAAGCAAACGAAAUAGGACGUUUAGUCCUCCAGGCGACACAGGCGAAUGAGUGAUAUACCGAAGGGCAUGUUCUAGCCCUUUUUGUUAUUUUAAUUUAUUUUCUUCCCUUUUCAUCUUUUUUCCUUUUUAUCUACCUAUAUAUUGCUGCUUCUGUCCAUAUCAGGAGUUGUUGGUAUUAUAUUAUAUUAUACUAUACUGCCACAAUAUU